CCGCGAUAAUGGAACGAACUAGUGCGAAAAACAAUAGACGUUUAGCACCUUGACACCCAGCAACGUUUUCCAUCUAUCUACGCCUUAUCAGUCCGUUCACUAUCCUCCUUCCUUCCCUUCUUUCCUAGCGAAAAUGAUAUUAUGACCGCAAAUGCAGCAGCAGUGAUGAGAGUGAGGGCGCCGGGGCGCGGUUGGCUCUUCUUCUUCAUCUUCAUCUUCCGAAGUAUUGGUGGCGUCUCCAUAUUUGAGGGUGUCACCGUCUUCGACGACACAUGUCGCUUCGGUGUUCUACUCUUCGGUCGUUUGUUCCUCCAAACAGGAUAUCCCUUGGAUAUCCGGCAUUGUGCCAAAGAAAAGCUCAAAUUCCACUGAUCACAGCACCCGAAAGCGCCAUCACCGGCGACAAGACUCCUGACUUGUCCUUUGGGUGGUCAGCUUGUCCAACGGCCCGGUGUCGUUCGCGCACCCACACCCAGUUGUCAUCAGCCCCUAACAUUCCGGCGUUGCCACGAUCGUCUUUAG